AUGAUCCCAACCACACAACAGACGUUACAAGAUGAAAACGAGUACAAUUUCAAAGAAGGUGAAGUUUUGAAAUUCAAUAUCGGAGGAAGAUUAUUUGCAGUGUUGAAGGAAACCCUCACACAACCCAUUAAAAAACUAAAUAUGGAAAAUGAGGAUGAUGAAAAUGGUAAUGAUGAAAUAGUGGAAAACAAUGAAUAUUAUGAACCAAAUAUGCUUUCGGCCAUUGCCUCUGGAAUGCAUACCUUAACUUUUGACAAGGAUGGUUCAAUUUUUAUUGAUCGAGAUGGAAAAUAUUUUGGAUAUAUUUUGAAUUAUUUAAGAGCAAGUGGAAUUCCAAACCAUUUUUCUUUACCAAAAGAUGAACAUGCCAUUGAAUGUAUUUAUUUGGAAGCACAAUAUUACAACAUUCAAGGAUUGAUUGAAUUUAUUGAACAAGAACAUGAAAAUUGGAUUGAACAUUUAAAACCAAAAAAUUUCAUUCUUUCCAACCGUCAACCUUUUAAAGACAGCAAAAUAUUGACGAACCAAAUGGAAGGAAAACUUGUCAAUCUCUUGUCAAAAACUCGUUCAUUUAAAAACUGUAAACUCCUAUUUAGAGCGUCACAAGAUGGAUUUAAUGCGUCACAAUUUCACAGCAAAUGUGACAACAAGGGACCAACAGUCACGAUCAUCAAAACGUUUAAUAGUUGUAUAUUUGGUGGUUACACUCCUUUAAGCUGGAACACCAGUGAUUCCUUUCAAAGAGACAACAGUUCCUUUUUAUUCAGUUUUAUUGGAAAGAAUGAAGAAGAACGAAAUGUUAGAAUUGAAAACCAAGGUCAAAAAGAUAAUACCAAAUCAAUAUAUUGUGGUUCACUUUAUGGACCAACAUUUGGAGGAGGUCAUGAUCUUUACGUUGAUUUUACGUCUAAUUAUUCUAAUCUUGGUCAUUCUUAUUCUUUGAAUGGAAUUGCAUAUGCAACAUCACAAGCACAAGGAUUUCUAGCUGGAAGUUAUCAUUUUUCCAUCUCAGAGCUUGAGGUUUAUGAAUUGAAGUAG